CAAGGCACCUAGCAGAUCCUGCUGCUUGCUGGCUUCUUCUGGAGCUCAGAGGACCCAGGAGUCUGGGCGCACAGUUCCUCCUCUCUCCAAGUCUGCAGCCUGGGUCUGAAACCUUUUCAUUGCCUGGAGCCCAGAAACCCAGCACUCACCCAUGGAGCCCUGCCGGUCUCUGGCCCUGCUUGCUGGCUUCCUGGGCUUGAUAGCCACCCUGGUUGCUCUGAGCACCGAUUUUUGGUUCGUGGCCAUGGGACCCACCUCCUCUGCUCACUCAGGCCUCUGGCCAUCGGGACAUUGGGAGUCAGUAGCAGCUUCCAUCCACGUGACCCAGAGCUUCUGCAUCCUGGCUGCUGUGUGGGGCCUGGUGUCGGUGGGCUUCCUGGUCCUGUCCUGUAUCCCUUCCUUGUCUGCCCCAGGCCGCGGCCCUCUGGUCUCAACCAUCACAGCCUUUGCUGCAGCUCUCUCCUUGGUGGUGGCCAUGGCUGUGUACACAGGAGAGAGGUGGGCCCAGCCUCAACACCCCCAGAUCCAGACCUUCUUUUCCUGGUCCUUCUACCUGGGUUGGGUCUCAGCCAUCCUCUGGCUUUGUGCAGGUGCCCUGAGUCUAGGUGCUCACCGUGGUGCCCGGCAGCCCGGCUAUGAAAGCUUGUGAGUGGAAUGCGAGAAUACCAGGAUGAGUCUGGGGCGCUGUUCUCUGAAGGCAUCAUCAGAAGCUGCAGGAACAAAUGCCUGACUCUG